AUGUUUGAAUAUUUUACUGAUUUAUGUCAAGAACAAGAAGUAGAAUUUGAUGAAAAUAAUUAUAAAAUUCGAUAUCUUGGACAUAUUAUUAAUAUUGCUGCUCAAGAUAUUUUAAAAAAUCUUAAAGCUGAAGGUCCAAAUCAAGAAGAAAAUUUAUCAAAACAAGAUAAUAAUAUUGAUUUAAUGACUGCAAUUAAAAAGCUUCGAAAAAUUAUUUUAUUUGCUUGUUUAACACCCCAAAGAAAAGAAAAAUUUAUGAAAUAUAAUCCAAAUAAACUUGAAUUAAUUAUGGAUGUAAAAACUAGAUGGAAUUCUACUUAUUAUAUAAUUAAAAGAGCUCUUGAUUUAAAAGAG